AUGGAAACUCCCGAAAGCGAAAAAACCCGAUUCGAGGUAGAAUGUGAGUUCGUGCAAGCACUGGCAAAUCCGAAUUAUCUGAACUUCCUGGCUCAACGCGGAUACUUCAAAGAGGAAUACUUUGUGAAUUAUCUGAAGUACUUGCUUUACUGGAAGAAUCCUCAGUACGCCAGAUGUUUGAAAUUCCCUCAAUGCCUGCACAUGCUCGAGGCUUUACAAAGUCAGCAGUUCCGAGAUGCGAUGGCAUAUGGGCCAAGUGCAAAAUUUGUCGAAGAUCAAGUUGUUCUACAGUGGCAGUUUUAUCUUCGCAAACGACAUCGGUUGUGCAUGUUGCCAGAGGGAGAGGAUCAAGACGUCGAAGAAUCAGAAGAAGAAACAGUCGAGAACGAGCAGAAAGAGAGUGAAGACGAAGAAGAUGUUGUGAUUGUUGAGAAACCGGAAGAUGAACAAGAAGAACAAGCAGAAGAAGCAGCCGAACCAACUGAUACAUCGUUGUUAAACACAUGA